GAAUCUUUAAAACGUAACCGACUGGGCUCGUUUCAUUACGGAAUGUUUUGGGGGACGUACGCGCGACUGCUGGCUGUUCUCUGUCGAGGUAAAGGAGUAAAGAAAGAGUGUCUUCCAGCUUCAUCUCGGUUAAAAUGGUUGACUGGAGUCCGAUAGCGAAGGUGUACGACCCGCUAAAAGCGGGCAGCAUCGACGGUACGGACGUGGAGCCCCAUGACCGGGCGAUAUGGAGGGCUAUGGGCGCCCGGUACAAGCCCAGCAAGGGUGUUGUCGGAGACCCGCUGCUCACUCUGUUUGUGGCUCGUCUGAACCCCCAAACAACCGAGGAUAAACUGCACCAAGUGUUCUCCAAGUACGGAGACAUUCGGCAGCUCCGGCUGGUCCGGGACAUCAUCACGGGCUUCUCCAAAAGAUACGCCUUCAUUGAAUACAAGGAGGAGCGGUCUGUCGUCCGGGCCCGCCGGGACGCCAACAAACUGGUGGUGGAUCAGCACGAGGUGUUUGUGGAUUUUGAACAGGAGAGGACUCUGAAAGGAUGGGUCCCGAGGCGGCUCGGCGGCGGGCUGGGAGGGAAGAAGGAGUCCGGACAGUUACGGUUCGGCGGCAGGGACAGGCCCUUCCGUAAACCCAUUAACCUCGGGGUCGGCAUGGUGCAGGAACGGGGAGUUGGUGGUGGUGGAGGGAGGGAGUGGGACAGACAAGCCGCGAGAGACAGGGAGGACCGGGACCGGGACCGAGACCGAGACCGGGAUCGACACAGAGAGGCUGAGUGGGGCAGCAGGGGGAGGAGAGAUGACCGGGACAGAGGCAGAGAGAGGGACGACCGCAGACACGGUGACAGAAGCAGGCACCGGGACAGGAGAUGAGGGUCAUGUUUACCAUCCAAAUGUGAUGUAAAGCAUUGUCCAGCUGCUGCAGCUCGUCCAGUGGACGGAUUUUAAGACAAUUGGGCAGUGGAGGAAAAUAUGACUGCUUAGGCUUGUAGUCAGCACAUGUAGAACUGGUCUAUGGAAGUGUUAUGAAAACCUUCUUAUGGUGGGGUGGAAUUGGUGUGUACUGUAUGUUAAUAGGAGGUCAACCUGAACUGGGCUUUUUCAGCUGGCACUCUUGAGUAUUUCAGCAUUUCCCAGUGAAAUCUGAUGUUGUACAUCCUUGUAGUGUGCACUGAGCAGUUUGCAUGUUGUCCAGCCACGUAAGGCCCACAAGCUUUGAAAACAGAAUCUGCAACUAAAUGGACAAAAUGCCAUUAUACAUAUUACACACCUAUACAGUACCUGUCCAUCAGACUGAAUGUGUUACACCGUUUGUCUCUUAAGACAAUUCAGUCUUUAUAGUGAAAUCUGAGACAUGUUUUUAGAUUUCCUAAAGUGUGAAGAUUAACAAUGUGGCUUCUCCAUGUCAUACAUGUUUUUCCUGAUUUUUGGAGCGUCAUACUUUUUGUGCAACACUGGUUUCAUACUUGAGGGAAGAAAACCAAAUUUGGCGUCUGUUUCUUGUCUCAUACUUGAGGAAAACUGAGACAGGGAGAUUUUCCUCUAUUAUUAUUAUUAUUAUUAUGGGUUGCAUUUGCUCAAUGAAAGAGGUCAUUAAAUGUAUUUUUUCUAUUUUAUAUGUAGCCACUAGCAAGUUUGUUGUGGAAUUGUAAUACAGAAAAUAUAGCAUCAACCAAAUGUGAUGCACAAUUCUCAAUUCUUAAAGUUGCAACUCCAUUAAUUACCAUUAAAACUCUUUUGUUUAAUUUUUGUUGUUAAUUUCAAUGACAGCAAUAAUGGCCACAAAAUAUAUAAAGUCAUGUACAGACACACAGGGAAAUCACAGGAGGUCUGUCUUUUAACGUACACAGUGUGAUUUAAAAGUUAUCCAACUGUCCUGAAGUCUUAGCACAGCUGUUUAAUCCCUGGUCCUGCCCACAGAAGCAGAUUGUGUUUCAGUUAUGAGUCACAGAGUGGAUUGUUUUCUCUCAAUCUGACCGCAAGUAUGUCUGAAGUCAUCAAUAUGCAAUGCUAAGACAGGUCUGGUAUUAGCAUUAGUUGAUUAAGUCUUAUCCAGUGACUCCAAGCAUUGCACAGCGUGGCGUGUGAACACAUCACAGGCACUUUUAUCUGAUCAGAUUGAGCUCGCUGCUGGAAGGUUUGUUGCCUGAGUUAAACCUGAGAAAAGAGUUAGAGCUGAAAAGAACUGAUUACUUAGCAACACUGAUGUAACACAAUAAACAAAAGCAAGUAAAGAAUGCAAAUGCACAAAUAUACCAACCAAAUGUGUUCCACGAAGGACCACAUGUUGAAAAAGACAGAUGUGCUGGAUGUGGUUAGGGAAGGAGAACUCAUUAACACAGAAACCUCCAACUUCCACUUCACUUCAAUCAUGUCUAAACUGUUUAUUACUGCGCAUUGUGUAGGAACAAACCUGGCUUUAUAGCAAUAUGGUCAACUGGGACUGUUGAAGUACUGCAAUCUUACAUACAGCGUGUUAAAGACUAUCUCUCAGAAGUCAUUCGUGGUUGGGCGGACACGGCCGCUCUCCGCCUGCCAGGAUACCUGGGGUUCAUGAUUGGCCAACCAGGGAAAGCCUCUCUUUGGACUGUGCUAAACUCGAUCCUGUGAACCACAACAUAUGGACACUAAUGAGCUGCUCUCCAUGAGAAGCGAUAGUACAAUGAAAUAUUGAUUAAAAACUUACUCUCACCUGAAGGCAGGGUUAAUACCGAUGUUGUCUGGCUGCGGGAGGGCAGGCGUUCGCCUCCUGCGGCAGGAGGAUGGAGGAGGGAAAUCCUUCUGAUACUGAGACUGCAUCUCUGUUGUGUCUUGUUCGUUUUUCACUGCUGUCGACCCUGUCUGAUAGUGGUUGCCCUCUUGCUCGUCCUCCCCUGCUUCCCUGUCCCCGCUGCUGCUUUUUCCUCUUCCUGUUUGUCGGGAGGAUGUGGGAUGAGGACUUUGGGCCUCCUGCUGCGUGUUCUGGUCUCCUGAAGGGUGAUCGUAAACUUGUUAAAGGUUUCAUUUGAAACACAGUUAUGAAAUGUUCCAUGAACCAUCUCAUUCCUUUGUCUUAAGAGGCAACAUCUGGAAAAAAUAUCAAAACUGUGUUUAUCUUCUCCCAGUAUCAUUCAGUUGCACUGUAUGAUACUAGUCCUCUUUAAUUUUGAUAACUGCUGUUUUUAAUUAUCAACCUGUAAUGUCACAUCUUAAUGACUUAAUGGAUUUACAGUUACAUUAAGCCUAAAGGCUACACCCUCAUUCCUUCAUCCAGCACUUUGCUGGUAAUGUUUAAUGUAUUUGGGUCAGUAAAAUCCAAAUUAAUUUAACAUCUUGACACACA